CUGUUGUUUUCACCUUGCUAACAAAUCCAAUCCCUCACCAGCAUUACAGCCUUCUUCUUCUUCAGGAUUCCUGCAUAUAUUGAAGAUCAGCUGAGACAUCCAGCCCUGUGGACUGAGCAGCGUCUGGAGUCUUCAGCCUUCCAUUCGUAGGCAGCCGCUGUUGGACUACCUGAGCCACAGCCCGUUGUUAUUUACUCCUACAGGCUACAGCCUGGACACCCGGUGAGCUGUAAGGAAACCUCUCAGGAUCCUCUGAGUGACACCAAGACCCAGCAGCUAGCAUGGAGAGGAAAGGCUUCAUCAUGUCUGUGGUUGAGUAUCUCUGGGACACAAGGAACACAGAGGCCCUGCAAGUCCUGCCAACCAAAGAGGAAUCUGGAAUACAACUUGUGGAAAGAGCUGGUUUGUCCAGUUUCUCUCCAUUUAAUUUGAUGUUGGCUGUUGGCUUGUUGUUUAUUGUUUAUAUUAUAUAUAGGAAACUGAAAGAUGCCUCACCUGAGAAGAAAAGGUUUCUGGAAGUUUAUCCUCAGAUGAAACGGGAGCUUGAGGAGAGCAUCAGGAAGCUCCACGCCCUUGCAGACAAGAUUGACAAGGUGCACAGGGACUGCACCAUCACACAAGUGGUGGCCAGCUCCACCGGUGCUGCGUCUGGAGUCAUGACAAUUCUUGGUCUCGCUCUGGCACCUGUGACAGCAGGGGUCAGUCUGGGACUUUCAGCCACAGGCUUGGGGCUUGGAGCAGCAGCAGCUAUGACGAGUGUUUCCACAACCAUUGUGGAAAAGGUAAGCACGGCUUCGGCGGAAGCUGAAGCCAGCCAGCUUCUGCCAAGGAGCAACGACACUGAGAACGACAUUAAAGAAGUUUUUAAGAAGAACGCCUCCAGGCUGUUUUCUGUAUUUAUGAAAUCCUCCCGGAACCUGGAAGGCAUGAGGAAGAACAUUGAUGCCAUCAAGCUGACCAAAGCCAGCCCUCGCCUGACAAAUAAUGCCAAGCGUCUAAUGACAACGGGGAAGGUGUCAGCCCAAAGCACUAGACAGGUGGAGAAAGCCUUUGGAGGCACUGCUCUGGCAAUGACCAAAAGAGCCCGGAUCAUGGGUGCAGCCACUGCAGGUCUCACCCUUGUGCUAGAUGUGGUCAGCCUCAUAGAAGACUCAAAGCAUUUGCAGGAGGGUGCAAAGGCAGAGUCUGCUGCAAAGCUGCGGCAGAAGGCUCAGGAACUGGAGCAGAAGUUGCAGGAGCUCAUCCAGGUGCAUGACAUCCUGACUCAAUGACCUCUUCUUCAGUGCAGCUCAGAGGACUGGGGGUGGGGUGUGCUGGACAGAACCAUGGACACUUGAUGGCUUCUGAAUGUAUCCUCCUUAUACCAAUGCCAUAACAGUGGUAGUGCCUGCUAGAGGAGAGGCCACAUUAAGAGAAAGGAAGC